GCAUCGUUACAAGAGUAUCAGACAAAAAUGUUUGAUUGCAAACAUAAAAUUAAUUAUUUAUCUACGACUGAGUUUAAUAAAGUUUCCUAGUUUCCUGAAAAUAAAGUGUGCAUAUUUCCCCAGGUUGAAGUAGUACGUUUCGUGACGUCAUAUUUGGAUGCCCGACUAAAAUGGUGACGUUAAAUGUAAGAGACGUAUUUUUGUCGCAAUAACAUGAAUGAAGGACUAUGACCGACUAAAAUUAUUAAGGCUGGCGUCUAAAAGGUGUAUUUGCGUUUACACACGGAUGAUUUUGCGUCUGUGAUCCAGAAAUCCAUCCUGCUGACGUAAACAGGUAUAUGGGGGUAGGUCAUCAUGCUAAGAGUUGGACACCUGGUAAAGUGCAAUGCCCUGAAGCUCCACUUCCUGAAGCUUCAUGUUGGAAGAGGUUGUUUUGCUGGAAACAGGAAGCCAAUUGCACUUGUUGAUCCCUCAGGCUGUGGUCGUUACUCAUUGAUCAGGGCGGCGUCAGGUGUCGGUGGUAGUGAUGUCACAUCAGGCUGGUAUGAAGGCCUGGCACAUUCGGCUCCGGUACACCUUUGUGAGCACUUUCUUGUUGGCACCCAGCAAUUAACUGGGAUGCCAUGGUGGCUGACUAUUGUUGCAGCAACGUUUUCGGCCAGGACGGUCAUCACCCUGCCCAUUGCAGCAUAUCAGCAGGUCAUUGUCUCCAAGCUUCAAGUGCUGCAGGCUGAGAUAUCAGAUCUGUCAAAGAGACUUAGCUAUGAAAUUUCUGUACGAGCAAAACAGACCGGCUGGACAGAGAAACAGUGCCGGUUUCAGUUCCGGAAGAAUUUAAAGCGGAUUGUGUCUGAACUCUACAUCAGAGAAAACUGUCAUCCGUUUAAAACUAGUGUACUGGUCUGGGUUCAGCUGCCACUUUGGAUCAGCCUAAGUUUGGCCCUCAGGAACCUGAGUAUGGAUCAGUCUGUGGUACAUAGUGAUCUAGCAACAGGGGGCUCUCUCUGGUUCCCUGACCUCACCAUACCUGACUCCACCUGGAUCCUUCCAGUCUGUCUGGGUAUUAUAAACCUGGUUAUUGUAGAGUUUUUUGCUCUCCAGAGGAGUCAGGUGACACGAUUUCGACGAAUGGUGUUAUACUUCAUCAGAGGAUUUUCAGUCCUGAUGAUCCCCAUUGCUGCCACAGUCCCCUCAUCCAUGGCGCUUUACUGGUUUGCUUCCAGUAUCAUCGGCUUUGGUCACAACCUCUUUCUUCAUUCUAAAAUAGUUCACAGAUUCCUGAGACUUCAAACUAGUCGAUCAGAUACUCCAUACAGAGACCUGCUCUCAGCCUUUGUUUCUAAAUAUCAGAAAUAAAUGGACACUUUCGAUUGCCAUUGCUACUCACUGUAUACAAAUAGAUAUACAGAUUUACUUCCAUGGAUCUUGUUAAGGAUGUUCUGUGAAAUACUUUACUUUUACAGAAGUAUUUUAAAAUAAA